UUAGCUAAAUCAGUGAAGAAACGUUCAUGCUGUGUUAAAUUUAGCUAAUUCGUCUUCAUUAGAUUCUCUUGUCUUAUACACAGUAUAUUUGGGAUAUAAAGUAAAUAUGGCAGAGGCCAUUCAGAAGAAACUGGAGCUGGAGUUGGAGAAAUAUAAACAAAUCCAGAAAGAUGUCAGUAAGAGUAUGUCAGCCAGACAGAAGUUGGAGGCGCAGCUGACGGAGAAUAACAUAGUAAAAGAGGAGUUGGAUCUGUUGAACAGCACGAACACAGUUUAUAAACUAAUUGGUCCUGUUCUAGUAAAACAAGACUUAGAUGAGGCAAAAUCCACUGUCACAAAGAGGCUUGAGUAUAUUCAUGGAGAAAUUCAAAGGUAUGAAACACUUCUGAAAGACAUGGAAAAGAAAUCAGAACAGCAUCGGGAAGUCUUAUCUAGUCUACAGCAAGAGUACCAGAAAGCUCAGGGCCGGGCUUUUGGCAAAGUCUGACCAAAUAUAAUGGAGAUUGCAACAAUGCUGUAUGCACGCUAACAGACACUUGGAGAAAAUUCCACUAAAAAUUAGUUGAUAUCAUUUCUUCAACAAUACAAUACCAACAAUUAAAAAAAGGCUGAAUUGAAAUGUUUGUAUCAUGCUAUGUAUAUGCAGCAGUGCAUAGUGUUAUUGUUUCCUGUAAUUAAUAAAACUUUUUUUUUCCA